AUGCUUGCGAAGCGCGACAUACUCAGGCACAUGAGAGUGUUUUCAUCUCUCGUGUCCUCGCGCGGUACCAGGCAGCGCAACCCUCUAGACGCGUCUUCCUGGGACGUGGUCGUGAUAGGAGGAGGGCACGCAGGCUGCGAGGCAGCCGCAGCCGCUGCAAGACUGGGCGUGAGGACUCUCUUGCUCACCCACAAGCUGCAGGACCUUGGGACGAUGUCGUGCAACCCGUCGAUUGGAGGGGUGGGAAAGGGACACCUUGUGCGGGAGAUCGACGCCUUAGGGGGGGUGAUGGGACGGAUGGCGGACAUCGGCGGGAUACAGUUUCGUAUCCUGAACGCGUCCAAGGGCCCGGCAGUGCAGGGGCCCCGAGCUCAGAUCGAUCGGACGCUGUACAGGAAGGCGAUGAUCGAUGAAAUGCAGCAGUACCAAAACCUGCAGAUCGCGUGCGGGAGCGUCGAAGACAUUGUCGUGUCUGGGGAGGGGUCGGUUAGCGGUCUGACCCUCAGUGCCGACAGCCAGUGGGAGGGGUGGAGGGUGAACACGAGCAAGGUGGUGGUGACGACAGGGACGUUCUUGCGGGGAGUGAUACACGUCGGCUCUGAACAGAUUCCCGCCGGGCGCGCGGGGGACAAACCAGCGACGGCGCUUGCAGAGACUUUUCGGAGGAUCGGGUUCAAGAUGGGCAGGCUCAAGACCGGGACGCCUCCUCGGAUCGCAGCGAAAUCCAUCGAUUACAGCAACCUUGAGGUGCAGGAGGGAGAUGCGAACCCCAGGCCAUUCAGCUUCCUCAACCAGAAGCCCGUUCUCGGCAACCAGGUCGUGUGCUGGGUGACCCAGACGAUCCAGCGGACGCACGACAUCGUGCAAGAGCACGGACAUCUCUCGCCGAUCUUUCAGUCUGCGGGAGGAAAGGGCAACGGGCCCAGGUACUGCCCCUCCCUCGACACUAAGAUCCAGAGGUUCCCAGGUCGGUUCCACCUGGUGUGGCUGGAGCCGGAGGGGAUCGACUCAGACGUCAUCUACCCCAACGGAAUAUCGAUGGGCUUCCCCCGGGACGUUCAGCAGGAGAUCAUCCGCUCCAUCCCUGGGCUAGAGGGCGCUGACAUUCUGCAUCCAGCAUACUCGAUCGAGUACGACAUGAUCGACCCAACGCAGCUCAAGCCGACGCUCGAGACUCGCCCCUUGCCCGGCCUCUACCUUGCUGGGCAGAUCAACGGCAGCACUGGGUACGAGGAGGCGGCAGCGCAAGGGAUCGUCGCUGGAAUCAACGCUGCUCUGUCAGUGAAGGACGAACCCUCCUUCGUCCUCUCCAGAUCUGAGGCGUACAUCGGAGUCCUAGUCGACGACCUGCUCAAGGGGGUCACGGAACCGUACAGAAUGUUCACGUCGAGAGCUGAAUAUCGACUUCUUUUGCGAAGCGAUAAUGCCGAUCUGAGGCUGACGCCGUUGGCCAUGAAGCUGGGACUUGCUUGCGAGGAGAGGAAGGAAACGUUUCUGAGAAAGAAGAGGGAACUUGAAAACGGCCGCGCGCUUCUCUCGUCCGUCACCUUCAAGCCUCAGGAAUGGCAGAGUGCAGGAGUGGACGUCUGCUUGGACGGAUUGAAACGAAGUCCGCAGACAGUCCUUGGAUAUCCCGGAGUAAAAUGGUCAUUCUUUCUUGCUCAUGCACUUUCCAAUCAGGUCGUGGAGAUUCUGACGAUCGAGGCGAUGUACCAUGAGUUCAUCACAGCGCAGAAGAGAGACAUUGAGGCGAUCAAGAGAGAAGAGAACCUAGUCCUGCCUGAGAACUUUGACUACAGGCAUGUCAACGCCUUGUCAAAUGAAGAAGUAGAGAUCCUCAACUCCUUGCAACCGACAACGCUCGGUAGAGCGUCAAGAAUUCCAGGGAUCCGGCCGUCCUCCUUGCUUCCUCUUCUCCAGCUUGCUAAGAGGUUCAACCAGAAGAGCAGGAGCGACGAGGUGCCGCAGGCUGCUGAGCAGAUGUCGUGA